UCCCAGUGCAGAAAUCUCGAUUCUCUAAAAUUUUCUCAGAUCAGAUUUUCAGGUGAUCUCCUUUCUCUUUGUGCUCCCACUUAUUCUAGACGAGAAUCAGGAGCCAGGACUCUCACAGUUCAACCCGCGAGCUUUGACGUCUUGUGAAAAAUUCUGGAAAGGGCCGUCAUUAUUUUUUCAAAUAGGAAAAGAUGAGCGAUUAUAGAAGCUUCGGCAGUAACUACCACCCAUCAAGCCAGUCCAGAAAGAUUUCUAUAGGAGUUAUGGCGGAUUCACAACCAAAGAGAAACCCUGGGCCAGAUAAGGGUGAUGGAGAUGAACUGAAAUCAGCCACAGUGACUGAUGUACUGGCGAACAAGAAAGACACAGGGGAUUUAGCUAUCAAGCGGAGGAAACCAGCUCAGGGCACAGAAUAUGUGACAUCACCUUGGAGGUCUCCGAGAUCCUCUUAUCGGAAAUUGGGAACUCUGGAGAAUGUUCUUUGUAAGCAAACGUCUAGUUUGUCUGGUAGCAAAGGAGUAAACAAGGGACUUAAUGGAAAACAUCAGGCACCAGCUCGUGACUCAUUUCAAAACUUUCCCAUCUCGAGUCCUCAGCACAGUGAUCCUGAGCCGAACGGCUGCAGGAACGAUAAAGGGAUGUAUAGGAGUCCAGAGAGGAUGGAAGAACAUCCAUCUGCAGUCUUGCAGUCGCACAGAGAGGAGAUGGAUAAACCAGAGAAGGAUAAAAAUGGAAGUACUGAUGUUCUGAGAUCAAAACUGUGGGAAAUAUUGGGAAAAGUUUCGCCAGCAAAUAAUGAAGAUUUGAACUCUAAGACCCCAGAAGUGGUGAAGACCAAGUUGAGUCAAGACAAGGGUUCAAAUGAUGAGCCUCGUAUUAAGCCUAGACACAAUUCAGAUUCUAUUGAAACGGAUUCUGAAUGCCCUGACACUGCAACCAGAAGGCCGGUAACUAGAUCUUUGUUGCGGAGUGGGGUAGGAGCCAAAGGUGUCCAAAAGAGAACCAAAGCUCGGGCCAACUUAGGUGGCAAAAGCACAGAACAAGUAAAUAAUGUAUUCUCUUUUGAAGAAGGCUUGCGAGGAAAAACUGGCCCUACUAUGAAUACCACUGUUAUGCCGAAGAAACAAAGGGGAAGGACAAAAAAUACUGUUGUAAAAUGCUUUAAGGCUCAUUUUCGCGAAAAGGAUGAUGCUGUUGGGAUUCAGGGGGAGAUGAACAAGAGUAAAACUCCAUUACGUUCCAAGAGCACGAGAACUGUCAAAAGGUCUUCAUUAUCGGAGAAAAAGGGAAGUUCCCAUCAACAGAGCAAAGCCCCGAAGCAGAAACCAGAUAUUAGCACAAGGGAAGAAGAUGUUCAUCCAUCGCCAGAAGCUGAAACAGCAGCUACGCCAGAGAUGUUCCAUGGAUUAUCUAAAAAUGGCAAAAAGCAGGAAUUGCCGAAUGAUGUUUCCAGGGAAAAGUCUGUUGAGCCAGAAAACGAAUUCCAGAGUCCAACGUUGGGAUAUAAAGCACCAAUCUUAAGCCCUUCCCCCUGUUUUUCUCCCGAAGCAUCUCCGUUGCAUCCUAGGAAUAUUAGUCCCGCUUUUGAUGAGACGGAAACACCAAUAUUUAGCUUCGGUACUAAGAAAACCUCGCAAGGGACUAAAGGCCAAGCGUCAGAUACAGAGAGGAGAUUGCCUGACUUCUUGGAGAAGAAAGGAGAUUAUUCUUUCAGAAAAGAGAGUUCUGCAGAGCCAAAUGAAGAACUAGUUCUGUCAGAUCCAUCGUCUGAUGAAAGAGAUUCGGAUGGAUCAAGAGAAAAUUCACCAGCGUUGGGCGAUGACAACAGUCCCGAAGAAAGAGAAACUGCCAAUUGGAGUAAUGAGAAAUCUAACCUAUGCUUUAGCUCAGCUAAACGGAACUCUAACCUUAAGGGCAAUGGACGUGUCGUGAUGAGUCCUACCUCGUCUUUGUCGAAAGGGAUCCAUAAAACUGAUUCCUUCCAGCAGUUUUCAGAGAUGGAUGAAGAUGAAGGCUUGGGAAGGGCUGUUGCGUUGUUCGCUGUGGCUCUUCAAAACUUUGAGAGAAAACUGAAAUCUGCAGCUAAAAAGAAGUCAUCAGAAAUUAUAGCAUCAGUCACUGAGGAGAUACAUCUAGAGUUGGAGAAUGUCAAGUCUCAAAUCAUAACAGAAGCGGGAAAGGCGAGUAACCUGGCCAAAACUAAGAGAAAGCAUGCAGAAACAAGAUUACAAGAGCAACAAGAGAAAAUGAGAAUGAUCCACGAAAAGUUCAAGGACGAUGUCGGGCAGCAUCUUGAAGAUUUCAAGAGUACUAUUGAAGGGCUUGAAGCAAACCAUUCAGAGUUGAAAGGAGCCAUAAAGAAGCAAAGAACAUCACACCAAAAACUCAUAGCGCAUUUUGAAGGAGGCAUCGAGACAAAACUGGACAAUGCGACAAAAAGAAUCAAUUCUGUCAACAAGACUGCGAGAGGAAAGAUGCUGCAGCUAAAGAUGAUUGUCGCAGAAUGUUUGAAGGACGACUGACCUGAGUCUCGCAGAAUCAAUCACACGUCACUCAUUGUCCACUUAAAAGUUGAUAAAAAAAAACUUGGGGAAACAAGUAUUAGAGGAGCCGUGACUUGAUUUCCUUUUUUUUUUAUUAGUAAAAAUGCACCCAAACCAGACCAAGUUAUAUUCUGUGAAGUGGUGUCACGUGAAUAAAGAUAGUAGAUG